AUGUGGUCUCUCGGUGUGACCACCUACUUCCUGCUGUUUCACGAUUACCCUUUCUCGCUAGAGCAGUUACCAAGGCUCAAGCGAUACGUUGCAGGAAGCGAUUUUCCCUUCCCAGAGAACUUGAUAUCUCAGUCUUUGAGCCUAGGAUGUCGUCGGUUUCUCGAAGCAGCGAUGGGUCGGAAUCCGAGGAAUAGAAUGUCUUCUAAAGAAGCUCUGGAGAGUGAAUGGCUGAGUCAAUUUGAAAUCUACGCGGACCACGUUGAGGAUAUGCUUGUCUUCGAUAGCGAGAGCCAUGAGAGCUCACAGCACACAUCCUCCAUACCCGAUCAGGACCAGGAGAGUCAUUCAGCCCUUUCAAGUUCCCAGCGUGAGCCCGAAACAAACAAAUCACUCGCUGAAUCGGCUGUUCUCGCAAGCCUGACUCGGGAUGUUACUCAUAAUACGUCUACAGCAACCGAUCUAGAGAAAACUCUAGUUCCUCCUCACCAUGAAGCUGACGACCCUAACCCUCCCCAUGAGAUGAGUUGGGAUGGCACUCACUACACAUCUCUAAUACCCGAUCAGGAUGAAAAUUCGGUUUCUUUCGAAGUCGAAUGCAAAGCCAUCAAACCCGCUGAGGCUAGUCCGACUCAUGAUGAGACCCCAUACGAAAUUCCUAGAUCAAACCGUGAACAUAGUCCAGUUGACUUCCAACUUCAAGCUGUAUAUGAAGCUAUCAACAAUGUGAUGCCGAUGAAGACAAAUCUGGAUUUGCUUCAAACCCCAGACACCUCGGCACAUCCACAAAAUGAUAUCACAAUAAGAUCGAAGAUACCCCAUAUCCAUCCGUCUGUUCCCGAAGAAAGUGAUUACGGGGAAGAUCUCAGUGAUGGGAGUGUCGACGAAGUCCAACCGGAAGCGCGAGACACAGCACAACCAGCCGACCUCUCCACUUUAAAGGCUAAAAGCCCAGAAGUGAUGUUAAUUUCAUCAUCACCGUCGCCCCCAAAAAGAGAUCGCACCCCGGAAGAAAGGGCCCUCCUAAAUGGGACAAGAAAUUCAAUUUCCUCCAGGACCCGAUGGAAAUAUGAUUUGAAAUCUAAGUCGUGGACAGCUUCCGAUGAAAUCGUUGCUUCUGUAGACGAGAGUCAUGUUGAGACCAGUAUCACCAAACCUAAGCAUCAACAUGCGCUGUCGGAGAAAGAAACAAGGCGUCCCCAUUCCGUUGAGUCCCUGGAAACGGCUACGCGAAGGAGAGAGGAGAAGAGAGAGCAAAGCCAUCUGAAUACGGAAGAAGUCACACCCACGCCUCAACACUCUCAUCAGGAGACUCUAAAAUCAUCAGAUAGCCAUCGCAAAUCCAACAAUGCAGAGCAAGAUUCCACCUCUCCUGCAGCACCCCCCUCUCACUCUGCCGUCACAGAGAGCGAAGCCAAAGAACUGCAAUCGAAUAUCGCAAAUUUGUCUCAUCUAUUUAGCAAGGGAGAGCAGUUGGAUGGUGAGAAUCUACACGGCAAAGAACAAUACGAAGAAGCCGAGGAAUUGAUUGAAGAGCUUUUCAAAAUCCAAAGAGAUGGCCUAGGAAUGAAGAACGAAGCAACGCUGAAAACAGCCUAUCUCCUCGGGCAGGUCUGUUCUCGAUUGAACAAAUAUGAAAAGGCAUACUCAUACUUUCAAUACGCGACCGAAGGGCAACAUGAAACCCUUGGACCAUAUCAUCCCGAUACCCUCCUCUCAUUGAACGGAGUUGGCUGUGUAGAGAUCGACCGGGGCAAUCUGAGAGCGGCCGAAGCAAUUCUCAGAAAAACGAUCAACGCCCAACAGGCUAUUCUUGGACCAAGACACGAUGACACCAUUCAUACAGGCUAUAUGCUUGCCCUUAUACUUUUCAAAGAAGAGAAGUGGGCGGAGUCACGCUUUCACUUUCAGCCCCUGAUUAGUCAAAGACGCGGCACUGCUGGAGAAGCAACAAAAGCCAUGAGGCAAAGCUUGGCUAGAAGCGGCUUUGCCUCGUUUGAACUCAAAGAGUACAACAUGGCAGUUGAAUUUUUGACAGAGGCACUGCACUCACCGAAAGCCUCGCACAAAGGUAUCAUCAAAGUGGCAUUUGUAUUAGGCGAAUCUCUCUACCAUCUGGGACGAUACGCGGAGGCGAGAGCUAGCUUCGAGGAAGCCAUUCAAUCGGCUAAAUAUGUGGGAGUUACAACACGCGAAGAUUUAGCCCCUUUUCAUAUGCUUGCGCAUUGUCUAAUAGUGAUGGAGGAGUACGAGAGCGCGAGAGCUGCCUACGUCACUCUAUCUGAGCAACAGAAAAUAAUUCUUGGUCCGGCACACGAGGAAACAUUGGAUUCUAUGUAUGUCGUGGGGUUGGCAUCCACCAAGAUGGGAGAGCAUGAAACCGCCGAAGCGGUGUUCCAGGAGGUUCAAAGGAUUGGAUUUUCGGCUUCUGGUGCGAAGAGUGCUGUAGCUCUGCGCGCCACUCAUCAUCUCGGCAUAGUGCAGAAGGGAAGGAAGCAGUACAAGCUGGCUGAGAAGAGUUUCGAGCUAGCGAGGGACGGACGGGCUGCAUUAUUUGGCCCCACCAACGAAGAUGCCCUUAAUAGUCGCUUUUGUCUUUGUCGUAUGCAGAUCGAGAUGCGGCACUACGAGGCUGCGGAAGAUAAUUGCCGUGAGGCUUUGAACUAUGAGACCGAGGCCCAUGGACAUCCUCAAGAUCGCACCUUGGAGAACCUCAAACAGCUUGCAGAGGCAUAUUUCGCGGAAACGCUCCUUGAGAAGGCGGCUUCGCUGGGUGAACUUUUGGUGCAGAAAAGGAAGGAGAAGAACGGAGGGACGGAUACAACCACUAUAAAAGCAGAGCAGUUGCUUGCAGAUAUUCAUCUUUCUAUGAAAACAAAGAUAGCAGAUUUGGAAUUGGAACAGGAGAAGGCGAAGCAGAGGGCACAGCAAAGGGAGAAUCUACGACAGUUUGAAAUGGAGAAGUCAAGGGAGCUGCAGAUGGAACUGGCUACAAAGGAGCAGAAAAACAGAGGUCCAGCAUGGCCAAAGUCUCUGAGGGCGAAGAUAAGGGCCAUAAUGGAUGACUAG